AUGGCUCGAAAUUCCCGUUCACGCUCGCCUGCUCGUCGAGAACGUCAGAGAUAUGCUAAUGACGACCGUUAUGACUCGGAAGAACGGAGGAAAGAUCGAUCUAGAAGGCAAAGAGAAGAGGAGGACGAGCGCAAUGUACGAAGCGAGAGGUAUCGGCGGAGGCGGUACGAUGAUGACGAGGAAAAAUAUGGGCGACGUUCAGAGCCUUGGGAACGUGACAGAGACGCAGACAGAGACAGAAGGCGGGGCCGAGACGAGCGGGAUCGCGAGUGGGAGGACAAGAAGGACAGGAAACGUGAAUACAGAGACCGGGAACGAGAGGACGAGGCUCGAGCAGGUCCCUCAACGUCUCGACGGGAUUCAAGACAACCUUCUUCUGUUCGCUCUUAUUCUAGGUCGAAAUCACCCUCUUCGGACAAGGAGAAAGACAAGGUCAAGCCAAACUUCAACCAGUCCGGGUUGUUGGCGGCAGCCACGAACACAGUUCGGCUCGCAGAUGGGACGUCUACGGUGUUAAAGUACAAUGAACCUCCGGAAGCUCGUAAACCACCUGUUGGAUGGAGAUUGUAUAUUUUUAAAGGCAAGGAACAAACCGACUUGUUACACAUCCACCGUCAAAGCUGCUAUUUGAUUGGGCGGGACAAGGCUGUAGUAGACAUCUACAUCGAGCAUCCCUCCUGCUCGAAACAACAUGCCGUCAUUCAAUACCGGCAAGUGCAGGAGAAGGAUGAAUUUGGAUCGUCCAAGGCGGUGGUAAAGCCUUUCAUCAUAGAUCUCGAAUCGACAAACAAUACAUUUGUGAAUGACGAAGCUAUCCCUACAUCACGAUAUUACGAACUAAAGACGGGAGAUGUGAUCAAAUUUGGAAUGUCGACUAGGGAAUACGUCUUGUUACACGACGAAGUAUGA